AUGUACAAAAACGGAGCAGCACUGUUUGUUUUACAUGGAUUAUCGUGUCUUUUGGGAUUUCUCCAUGGAUCAAAAGAUGAUACUCAUUCCAGCGUAAAUGGACCUAAAGAUUUUAGGAUAGUUACUUUCGAUGACUUCAGAAAAUCUCUGAAAGAAGGAUCCGUGCAGACUUACCAUAGCAGAGAUGUCACAGACAUUGCACAAUUAACCCUCGACAUUCCAAAUAACCAACUUUUAGUUGGUGCUAGAAAUUAUUUAUUAAGAUUAGCGAUAGAUGACCUGAGUCAACUGGAGAAGGUAGAAUGGCCCAUUAGUGACACUGAAAGGGAGAUGUGCCUCAAGAAAAGACCAGGAUCUACUGGCUGUGAAAACUUUGUUAAAGUUCUACUGACCAACAAUGAAGGAGGAGUGUUUGCCUGUGGGACCAAUGCAUUUGAACCUAAGUGCUCAUGGAGGGAGGCAACAAACCUAGGGACUGUAAGAGGAUGGGUGAAAGGGCUUGGAAAAUGUCCAUUCAGCCUCCAACAAAACAGUACUGCCUUUAUCAGCCAGGAUGGGAACCUGUUCAGUGGGACUGUGAUUGACUCUGCUGGGGGGAAUUCUCUCAUCCAUAGAAUCUGGCCAUCCCCUCCCCCUGGUCUCAGUGAGAGUGCGGGUAUAUCCAGUCUUGGAACACUUCGCACUGAGAGGGAUUCGAAGUGGCUCAACGGGGCCAACUUUGUGUCCUCAUACGAGAUUGGAGACUUUGUUUAUUUCUUUUUCCGAGAAACUGCAGUGGAAUAUAUUAAUUGUGGAAAGAAUGUUUAUUCAAGAGUGGCUAGAAUGUGCAAGAACGACCCUGGUGGUCAAUUCUUAAUGAAAGAUAGGUGGACAUCAUUUACAAAGGCCCGAUUAAACUGUAGUUUACCAGGCGAAUAUCCAUUUUACUACAAUGAGCUACAGCAUACAUAUUACAAUGAGAGUGAGGGUCUUAUCUAUGCUACAUUCUCUACAUCCACGAACAGCAUUGCUGGCUCUGCUGUCUGUGUUUACAACAUGACGUCACUCAAUAAUGCAUUUAGCUCAGACUUUAAGCACCAGGAACAUUCUCAAGCAGCCUGGCAGAAAUUUUCAAACCCAUCACCAAUGUAUCAGUGUGCUGGCUCCCCCUCCGUACUAUCAGCAGGCAGAGCCAUGAGGCAGCAGGCACCUAGAAUGAUCAACUCCCAGAAGUAUCUGAUGAUGGACAAAGCUGUACAGCCAACCAGUAUCAUGCCUAUGUACAGCUCUGAACAUGAAAGGUGGAGCCACAUUGCAGUCGACACUGUUCCAGCAAAGCAUCAUCGUUCAUUUACUGUCAUGUUUCUGGUUGACCAAAAGGGCCAAAUGAAGAAAAUAGUUCAUCUUAAGGACAGCAAAACCUCAUGUUUAGUUGAGGAGAUCACAAUUAUGUCCAAGGAUAAGACCCAGCCAAUCAAAUCUAUGCAUUUGCACAAAGCUGGUCAUGAAUCGCAUAUCAUCAUAGCAACUGACUCUAAACUGCUGAAAAUUCCUACUCAAAGAUGUGGCAGGUUCCUCACUAAAACUGAAUGUAUGAAUGCUCAAGAUCCAUACUGUGGCUGGCAUGAUCCUGCUGGGCGCUGUACUACUCCUCCAAGAGGGAAUAUACAUACUCACAACUGGCAUCAGGAUGUCAAGAGUUGCCCCAUCAUGGAUGCUCCAGUUGAUGGUAAAUGGGAGAUGUGGUCCAAUUGGACAAGAUGUAGCCAUAUCAGUGAUCCUAACAGCCCAGACAUGUGUCGUUGUCGCUACAGAGCAUGUGAGGGUCCCUUCAAUGGUGGCAGACCCUGUUCUGGUUCCAUUGUGGAAGUCACUAACUGUACUGUCCAUGGAGCCUGGACGAAGUGGUCUGAUUGGUCCAGCUGUAGUUCUACUUGUGGAAGCUCCGAGAGGACCAGACGAAGGGAGUGUGGGAAUCCUAAGCCCAAAUAUGGUGGCAGAUUAUGUGUGGGGUCAGAUCUGGAUGUACAGGACUGUAGGAAAGCAGCGUGUCCACCACCUACCCCUCCACCAAUAGAUGGAGGCUGGUCAGACUGGAGUGACUGGGGCCGCUGCUCUGCCAAGUGUGGUGGGGGCAUAAGAACACGCAAUAGAGAGUGCAACAGUCCUCGGCCACAGAAUGAUGGCAAACCGUGCGCUGGAAAUCUUGAUGACUGGCAGAUGUGCAAUCAACAUGAGUGUAAUGAAGUAAGAAAACCAACACAAUGGACUCCAUGGUUACGAUCCAACAUCACCAACGAUGGCUACUUUGAACAACGCCAUCGCUACAUUUGUCGGGCCAGAGUCUCAGACCCAAGUGACCUCAGAGCAAGCAAUCCUAAAACAGAGAUCCGUUUUUGUGAUCCUAAAGGAGUUGAUUGUGACAAUAAAGGUGCUAGCAGACUGGAUACUGAUGGUGGCUGGACCAAGUGGACGUCAUGGAACCAAUGCUCUGCACCAUGUAAUGGAGGAGUCCAGUGGCGCAGCAGGGAGUGUACAGACCCAGAGCCCAGUGGUAGUGGCAAGGAUUGUGAUGGACACAGCAUGGAGAAACGUGAAUGUAACACACAUAGCUGUAAUGCUGAAUGGUCCUGCUGGUCUGACUACAGUGCAUGCUCUGUCAGUUGUGGCAUAGGCACCAAGAAACGUACACGUGUCUGUGACAAGAUAAAAGAUGGCAGAGUGUACACUAGGGGAUGUGAUGGUGAUUCUGAGCAGGAACUUGAGUGUGAAAUGGCAGCAUGUGAUGUGAAUGAUGGUUGGGGUAAAUGGACCCUUUGGUCUGUCUGCUCACCUAAGAACCUACAAAAGCGAGUUAGGAAGUGUCUUCCACCAUUCCCCACUCGUACACAGUGCAAGGGAGAAGAUGAGGAGAUCAGGCCGUGUGAAUAUAAUGUCAUAGAUGUGAAUGUGGCAUCCGUGUCUUCAGGGAGCAAGGGCGAGAAGACAGGAUUUGAGCUGUUGCACGUCAUUAUAGUUGGUGUGAUAGCCUUCAUCCUUGGGGCCGUCAUAGCGAUAGGAAUAUUCCUCUUCUGCCAGAGAAGAAGGCAACAGAAGUACAACAUUCAACAAGACUCAUUAAAACACCUUGAGAAAAAUAAAUCACAUUUGUAUAUGAUGCCCUCAGAUAGUGGCGUCAAUUUAAAUAAUAGCAGUAAUAUGAACAUAUAUACUAAUCUGAAUCAGAUGAACAUGAAUAGCAUAAAUAUGAAUGGGACACUCACAAAGGGUGAUAAGAUGAGUCAAAUGACAGUGAAGGAGGCAACCAUAAAAAGGAACUCUUUAAUGAGAACUAAUUUGUCAAUUAAUGACCUAUAGUAUCCAUCCAUCGAUGGUUUAUGACAUCAUCAUUUAAUUGACCAAUCAGCUGACCCAAGGUGCCAAUAAGGAAAAGUCGUCUCAACAGGGACUUAUUCAAAAUGAGCAUGUAAAACGACUCAAGGAGCAAUUCAUCAGAACAAAUUAUGAACAGUAUUAAAGCUUCUUCCAAUCAAUCAUAGGUGUCAUCACAUGGGUGAUCCUAGCAACUGUUGCCUAGUGAGUGUAAACAAACAUUCCAUAUUGCUAGGCAGCAAAUCUAUGCAAUAAAUGGAAAAUCAAGAUGAUUAAGCAGUGAAGAUAUUCAAAAUGUGUUCAAUAUUGAAUGUUGUGUGGAUGUGAUGUGAGAUGUACAUUGUAAAGUGGGUUACAUACUGAUAUGUAACAUAAACUGUUAAAUGUAUUGUAAAAACAUGUGAUAAUUAAACUGCUGGUAGGUGAAAUACUUUAUUACUGUGAGCAAAUAGUGGACCCAGCUCUCCAUACUGAAGAACUGUAUAGGACAACAUUAAGGACAUAAUGUACUUUAUGCACUGAAAGUGAUCAAAAUGUGCAUAACUGUGAAUAUUACCUAAAAGGUAAAAAACUUAUUGAGGCAUACAACUCCAAGCUAGAUUUUUUCUUGUGUACAUUUGUGCUUUUGCAAAGAAUAUACUGUAGUUCCAUAUUUCAUUUACUCUAUUAAUGUGGAUCGUAUACUUUCUAAUUGGAAGUCCACUUUUGAGAAAUAUGUCCUUUUUAGUACUCUCUAGAGCUCUAGAAGUCCCAUGAUAGAACCAUGCAUUUGCUAGCCUGGUGCUAGAUAACUAAAGGAGGGCUCUCUUAAUGUGUUGUGCAUAUGUUUUGUUGCCUCAAUUGUGAUAUACAUGAAUAUGUUUAUUAUAUGUAUACUGAUAUACAAACUUAUAUUAUACUGCUAUUUUUGCAUAAUGAACAGGAUAUUUAAUGUAUCACUGGCCAGAGUUGAAUAGUACAUACAGGCAUUACAGGGUGAUCCUAAAAGUGAAACAUUAUAUUUUGGUUCCCUCAUAAUCACUAAUGAAAUGAAACCCAUUAUGAGUAUUAAUUGAUACACAAAUAAAAGGAAAUACCACCUGGUAGAUACAGACAGUUAACCAAACCAAGAUAAAGUGUUACACUGGGCUCACUCUGUAGAUGCCUUAGAAUAAACGCCAGCUUGCAUGCCUGCAUGACUAGCUGCUAGGAAGUGUUUUAAUAACAGUUUUAAUAGAUAUUUACCAUUUUAACAAACCAUAUACUUAUAAAUGUGCACAGCAGUUUUAGGAUGAUUUUCAUGCAAUUUGGACCAUAGAAAUAAGACAGGGAAUGUAUAAAGUGAUGUGGACAUAAUGUUUUUGAUCAGUGUUAUUGUACCAUGUACAGUGCUUUAUGUACAAAAUAUUUUAUACCACAUGUUGAAUUCUAGGACAAACUUUUAUGUAGGAUACAAACUUUUUCAAACUACCAUAUUUUGUCUGACAUUUGUCCUUAUUGAAAAAACAAUCAGGUGUUGAAUUAUUGUUCAUAGGAUUAAUGUCAGCUAACAUAUACAGUCACAAUUUGGCAAAUUGUAAAAUUAAUGUUAAAAUUUGUGCUUAGAGCAUGGCCUCUAAAAUAUUAUUUUUUAAAUGUUGUUAUGUACAGUAGACAUUUUGUAAGUACUUAUAGUAGUUUUCUGAAUCAGCAGUCUGAUGCACAACCUCAGAGAAUGGCUUAAAUAAGGCAGGCUUCAGUGUCAUUUGCUGAGAUGGUCACAUUUUCUUGGGGCUGUGUGCUGGACUGGCUCAUUUAGCUUUUCUGUGGUCAUGUUGACACACUCCUGCUUAUAACCCACCUGUAGGUUCCUAUAUGUAACAGCAGAUGAGCUAGUUUGGUUCAAUGCCUUGUAUUGUACCUUAUGUAGAGAUGUGGUACAAGAAGCAAGAUGCUUGACUAGUGUAACCAUAUAAACUAUGGCAUGGCCCAUUCGUUAAAGCAUCUUUGAAGAAUUUUCUUGAAAUAGUUGCUCUAAUGGUUGCCUAGCUAUAUAUAAUCAAUCACCAUUAUGGGACCUUCUUGAUGGUUGGUGUACUUUAGGAACCUGCAGAAUUCACUGCUAACUUUUGUAGUAUAUGACAAGGUGCAUGCCGCAACCCAGUAGCACAAUACUCAUCUUUUAGGGGCCUGUUAAUCAUUUACAAUUUGUGGAAAUCAUUUGUCUAGCAGGAUGUUGCCAUGGUAAUAUCAUCAAAUUCAUUAUUGGCUCAGAAUGUUGCCAUGGUAUUUGGCACCAUAAUUAAAUGCAAUUCGCACAAGACAUGGCAAUGGUAACAUUGUGUAAUCCCUCGUGUGUACAUUAGUUCAGUUGGCACAAGAUUUGCUGUGGUAUUAGAUGUUUGAUGGGUGCCAUGGCAACAUCUUUAAAGACAUCAUAAUUCCAUUGAGAAACUGGCCCCAGGUUAACAAUAGCUUAAUAAUUAGUUGUAAAUGUUGUACAUAAAAUUGUAUUUUCAUUGAUGCAACAAGCAUAAUAUCACAAUUACAAUUAUGAUCAAUAUUUUUCAUUAUCAUUAGAAAUUUUGAAUUUACACUCAUUCAUUAAAACUGCAUUUAAUCAUUUUGUAUAUAUUCAUUAAAUAUCAACAGAUUAAAAAUCAUACAUUCAUUUUUUAUGUCAUUUUCAGUCAUUUCAGACAGUGUGUAUAAUAUGUAAAUAAUAGUUGGUGCUAUACUCGUGUUGAAUAUCUGUAUAUAAUGUAUGUAAUAAUGAAUUUUUUACAUAUAAUGUGUGUAUAGUGUAAUAUAAUACCAUAUUGGAAUAGAAUAUUUUGCAUGUUAUACUUGAUGUAAGUCACAGUGGAUAUAUUAUGAAUGGUGGCAUCAUUUUAACCAUGAUUAAUAUAUAUGUAACUUAGGAGCAGCAGACCAAGGUGACCAAUCGCAUGCAGGGAAACACUUUUGUCAUUGACAUUUGUUUGCAGUUAUAUCAUUUUUCAGUUCAGAAAAUCAUAUUUAGUUAAUAAUUUCAAUUAAUAAUAUAGCUUGUAAUGUAUAUCAUUAUUUCUAAAUUAUAAUGUGUAAACCUAACUUAUAAUAUUGCAUUGUACAAUAAAUGCACAUUUUACAAUACUAGUAAUCCAUGCAUGCUAUUAGUCACCCUGGCUGCUGCUUUUGUUGAUAACUAUAGUUAUCACAUUAAAACCAAGGGAAAUAGUUUGUCUAUCCCAUUAUAACUGAGGUAAGAAGAACAAUGUAUUUGCCAAAAUAUUGUCUCAUAAUUUGAAGUGUGCAAAUAAUAUAGAUACAUUUAUGUUGAAUGUGUAUAUUUGACAACGCUCCCCAUGUGAGGCUUCAAUUCAUGAAAACCAUUUUAACUUUGACAAAGAUUUUCGGUACAUAAUAUACUUUUUAAAAACGUUACAUUUAAUGGUUUUUUAAAUAUUUUAGAUAAAAAAUAUUAAAUUAUUGAAGAACAUAUAUUUUAGAUGUAACUGUUUUGAAACUUUUAAAUGUUUUUUAAUCAUGAAAAAUUAAGUGUUGAAAUGUGUCUCUUCAAUGUUGGAUUAUUUUAUGGGUUUAGAGUAGACAGUGUGACACUUUACAUGUUUUGAAUAUAAUGAAGUAAUCUGCUGUUGAAAGGUAUAUCAAAACAUACUGUGACCCAUCGUUUCAUGUGAUUGUUAACAUAAUACUGUUUACUAUUGUCUACUAUCCUUAUAAAACUUAUAUGUUCAUCAAAAGAACAUUUCAACAGUCUAGCACACAGAGCAAAGAAAUGCCUCAAAUUGAAAUGAUUCUCAAUUCAGGCAGGUAGCCUAAUUGGUCAAGUUUUCUUGGGGCUGGGUACCAGACUGUUAUGAAUGUUGCCUUAAAUAUAACAUAGCCUAUAAAGACCCAAUGGGAAUAUGAGUAUUUCUAACCUAGUAUAUAGCAAUGCUUAAACACAUGUAUAACCAGAAAUAUGCACUGUUGUAGCAUUUCAGAUCUUAAUAUUCAUGUGUAAACCUUGUUGUUUUACCUGUGGAAUAUCACAUGAGUGGGAGCAUAGUGGAAUAAAAUUGUAUGUAGCUAUGUGAAAACCCAAUAAAAUACAAAAC